AUGGAAUGUUCCCGGUCUCUCGCAAGUGCAAUACAACCGUAUGCAUAUUAUCUCUCGACAUUCCAUAUUCUGCUUUCCCUAACAGCAAUUCUUGGCAAUUCUCUUAUCCUUUUUGCCCUUCGCAAGGAAUCCUCCCUUCAUCCGCCGUCCAAAGUCCUUUAUCGUUGCCUUGCAACAACAGAUCUGUUAGUUGGCCUUAUCGUUCAUCCUUUGGCUGUCAUCCAUUGGAUGUCCUUUAUUCACGAAGACUGGGGUCGUUGUCGAUGGACAAACCACGCAAUUUUCAUCGCAGGCUAUGCGUUAUGUUCAGUAUCUUUGUUGACGAUGACGGCCAUAAGCGCGGACAGACUUCUCGCCCUGUUGUUGGGGUUGAGAUACAGACAAAUUGUAACUGUAAAGCGCAUCCAUGUCAUUUCAGUUUUCUUUUGGAUUGCAUCCGGCGUCUUUGCUUUAUGCCAAAGCUUAAUUUACCACAUAACAUGUUGGUACGGCUUUGCAGUUACAGCGUUUUGCUUGAUGAUAUCAUCCGCAUCUUACACAAAGAUUUUUAGAGCUCUUAGUCGUCAUCAAACUCAAAUACAAGAUCAUGGUCAGCAACAUCCGAUCCAACCAAAUGCAUUAAACAUCGCACGAUACAGAAAGGCAGUGUACAGUGCGCUGUGGGUGCAGUUAGCUUUAUUCGUCUGUUAUCUACCUUAUUGCAUUGUGGUAAUUUUGACCGCUUUCAGUAAAAUAUCUCAAACACAUUUAGCCGUCAGUGGGACACUAACGCUGAUUUUAGUCUCCUUUAACUCAACUUUGAACCCGUUCCUUUACUGCUGGAAGAUUAGCGAAGUAAGACAGGCAGUAAAGCAGACAAUCAGACAAGUAUUACGUUGCUUGUAA